AUGGCCGAAUUUGUCUCGCGAUCACUCGACAAUCUCUCCAAUGGCUUGCAGGUCAGAGACGGAAUGAAAUACCUUGGAUUAAGAGAUAACCGUGACCUGCUCCCAGGCAUGGAAGUCCGUCUAAUUCCGCAUCAGAUUAUCGGCGUGACUUGGAUGUUGACUCAAGAAAGAGAAUCGCCGUACAAAGGCGGUAUCCUAGCUGACGAGAUGGGCCUCGGAAAGACAGUUCAAAUGAUUGCUACGAUGGCUAUGAAUCCGCCGAGCGAGGACGAUAAGAAUAAGACAACUUUGAUCGUGGUGCCCGCAGCUUUGCUUCACCAGUGGAAGGAAGAGCUCGAAGCGAAGACGAAUGGAAUAUUCAGUGUACACGUACAUCAUGGGAAGGAGAAGCUCAAGACAUUGUCCGCCAUGAAAUCGAAGGAUGUUAUCAUCACGACCUACCAAUCUCUGAACCUUGAAUUCUCCAUCAAGGACGACUGCGCCGAUAGCGCAGAGGAAGAUGCCUGGCUAGAACAAUACGGAGGCUUGAUGGCCAAGAUGAAGUGGUAUCGAGUGAUCCUGGAUGAAGCACAGUUCGUCAGGAAUAGGAAUACGCGGUCGAGUAAGACGGUGGCGAUGCUCAAGGCAAAGUAUCGGUGGAUGUUGACGGGUACUCCGAUUACGAAUUCUUUGGCGGAUCUGUAUGGGCUUAUUCGGUUUGGGAGGUUUAGACCGUGGAAUGAUUGGGAGUCUUUCGAUGGUCAUAUCGCUAAAGUCCAGAUCGAAGAUUCUGUCCUUGCUGGCAUGCGCGCGCAAGAGAUCCUCAAGCCCAUCCUCCUUCGUCGGACGAAAGACGCAAAGCUCGAGGGAGAACCUAUCCUCAAGCUCCCGAAUAAAUACAUUGAACUGAAGACGAUGCAAUUCUCGGAGGACGAAAGGCAGAUCUACGAUAACUUCGAAAAGAGGGCGAAAAUACAGAUCGGGAAAUUCAUCAAGGAGAACACGAUCCUCAAGAAUCAUGCUGCCGUACUCGUCAUGAUUCUGCGCCUGAGGCAGCUCUGUUGUCAUCCGUACCUCAUCCUUAGCCAAGCUGAGGGCUUCGAAGAUCCUAGUGUGAUGAUGGGCAGCGAAGCCGACAAGGAAUUUGCACGGGCGAAGAGGCUGAAAGGUGGCGCUUGGUGUGCGGAUGUAAAUGAAGAAACGGUGAGGUUUUCGGUGCGGUGCCUUCAACGCGCACGGGCGAUGCAACUUGACUUCACGGAUGAUGACGACGACGACUUCGCGUGUCCUGUCUGUCAUGAUCUCUUCGUCGCGAACAAUGGGCGUGUGCUUGGUUGUGGGCAUGAGAUUUGCGCUGACUGCAGGGCUGAUCUGGCCGAAUCUGCGAUCGCGCAUGAUGGAGUUUUUGGCACCGGCAAUGAGAAGGAGAACAUGAACCGCGAGAAGCAAAUCGAAGCCGCUGAGUUGAAAGGCCUUAGACCUUGCCCAACUUGCCACGAAUUCCAAGACCUUCGCCCGAACGCCGUUUUCAUGUCGUCAGCCUUUGACCCAACCGACCAAGAACUGAAGGAAUUCGCGAAUACGAGUGGGAAUGGUCUGAAGGCGGAUGGGACGUUGGCGGCGUUGAGCGAUAGCGAGGAUGAGUUCCCUGAUUUGGGAGCGAUAUUGAAGAAAGAGACUGUCAAGAAGGGGAAGGGGAAGGUGAAUGCGAAGGCUAAAGGGAAAGCGGGUGCGGACAGCGCUCCCAAAUCGACUAUCCGUGCAGCACCCCGCCGCCGCCGUCGUGGGUAUGCCGAUGGGACGCCCGACCAACAAAUGUUGACCGCUUGGGGCAAGGGUGAUGACGACCUCGAGCCGAGUGCGAAAAUGUUGGCCUUGAUCGAGGAGCUGAGGGUUGCGGAGAGGGAAGGCGACAAGACGAUUGUGUAUUCGCAGUGGACAUCCAUGCUUGACUUGAUUGAGAUGUUGUUCGGACGGUAUGGGAUACAGAAUCUGAGGUACGAUGGUAAGAUGAGUCGAGAGGCGAGAGAGAAGAGUCUCGGUAUCUUCAAGAAGAUGGGUGGUCCAAAGGUCAUUCUUAUCAGUACGAAAUGUGGUGGCGUCGGCUUGAACCUCGUCUCAGCCAACCGGGUCAUCAACAUGGAUCUCUCGUGGAACUAUGCGGCGGAGUCUCAGGCCUAUGAUCGCGUACAUAGGCUAGGCCAGGAGAAAGAGGUGUUCGUGAAGAGGCUGGUAGUGAGUAACACGAUUGAGGAGCGGAUGCUGAGGCUUCAGGACGUUAAAGUCGGCUUGUCGGACGUCGCGCUCGGAGAAGGGAAUGGUAUGAAGCUCCACAAGAUGAGCGUCAAAGAGAUCAAAGCAGUCAGUCAUAUUCCUAUUGUUUAG